UCAGAUUUAUUUGCAAUGAUUGAGCGGAUGCAGAACUGCAGAAUGGAAGAGCAGAGGUGCACACUUCCACCUCCCCUUAAAACAGAGGAAGAUUAUAUUCCCUACCCAAGUGUUCAUGAGAUUUUGGGACGUAAAGCACCAUUUCCAUUAAUCCUGCUGCCACAGUUUGGUGGUUAUUGGAUUGAAGGAACCAAUCAUGAGCUUAGCGAUGCCCCCACGCAAGAGGAGCCACUCAUAUGUCCAUCAGCCCAAAAAAAACUGGAAACCAACAGCAUAGCUAAGAUCUACAGAAAACAAUUCCUGGGCAAGGAGCAUUUUAAUUAUUACUCAGUGGACUCAGCACUGGGCCACCUUAUUUUUUCAGUGAAGUAUGACGUGAUCGGGGACCAGGAACAUCUUCGCUUACUGCUUAGGUCAAAGUUUAAGACCUACCAUGAUGUGAUACCUAUUUCUUGUCUAACUGAGUUUCCCAACGUGGUGCAAAUGGCAAAGCUGGUGUGUGAAGAGGUGAAUGUAGACAGAUUUUUUCCUGUCCUCUACCCAAAGGCCUCCAGACUCGUUGUAACAUUUGAUGAACACGUCAUAAACAACAACUUCAAGUUUGGAGUUAUUUAUCAGAAGUUUGGCCAGACUUCAGAAGAGGAGCUUUUUGGCAAUAGUGAAGAAAGUCCAGCCUUUGUAGAGUUCCUGGAGUUUUUGGGACAGAAGAUUGAGCUACAUGACUUUAAAGGGUUUCGUGGUGGGCUUGAUGUUACACAUGGCCAGACUGGAACUGAGUCUGUAUACCACAAUUUUCAUAAUAAAGAAAUCAUGUUUCAUGUGUCCACCAAACUGCCUUACACUGAAGGAGACUCACAGCAGCUGCAGAGAAAGAGACACAUAGGAAAUGACAUUGUGGCUAUCGUGUUUCAAGAGGAAAACACACCGUUUGUACCAGAUAUGAUUGCAUCCAAUUUUCUACAUGCUUACGUGGUGGUGCAAGUGGAAAAUGCCUGCACAGACAACGUCCUUUACAAGGUUUCAGUGACAGCAAGAGAUGACGUGCCUUUCUUUGGACCUGCUCUCCCAGACCCUGCUGUUUUCAAAAAAAGUCCAGAGUUCCAUGAGUUUCUCCUGACGAAACUAAUUAAUGCUGAAUAUUCAUGCUACAAGGCAGAGAAGUUUGCCAAGCUAGAGGAGAGAACACGUUCUGCACUGCUGGAGACUUUGUAUGAGGAACUGCAUGUGAACAGCCAGUGUAUGAUGGGACUGGGAGGGGAGGACGAGAAACUGGAGAACGGAGGGGGAGGGGGUGGCUUUUUUGAGUCAUUCAAGAGAGUCAUUCGCAGUAGGAGUCAGUCUAUGGACGCAAUGGGCCUGAGCAAUAAGAAGCCUCAUACUGUCUCUACCAGCCAUAGUGGCAGCUUUACCAACAAUCCCCCAGACAUUCCCAAAACACCAGGGAUUUCUCUGAUCAUCCCCGGAAAAAGCCCGACAAGAAAGAAAUCGGGUCCGUUUAGCUCCAGGCGGAGCAGCGCCAUCGGCAUUGAAAACAUUCAGGAGGUGCAGGAGAGAAGCAGUAAGGAGUCACCAAACAAGCAGAAAACACCAGGCAAUGGCCACAUCUCUGACAACUCAUCUAAUCACAGCUCACCUGAGAUGCCCACUACCAGGACAGGUUCGGCUAUGUGCUGUAGAGCUUCUUCAAUCCCGGAGUCCCAUGACCUCUCUCGCUCCUCAUCCAAUGCCAGCAGCUUCACAAGUGUGGUGGAGGAGAAUGACCAUGAACUUGAAGCCACUGAAGAGUACGACACAGGACUGGAGAGCCUGUCUUCUGCUGGCACCCCUCAUAAGCGAGAUUCAUUCACAUAUAGCAGUGGCUGGAUGGAGGAAAGCAUAAGCAGUGUUAACCAAGCCAGCUCACCAGGUCCUUCUCGACAGUUGUCUGAUCCCAUUCGGCCCAGACCAGAAAGACAACACUCUGCUUCAAACUGCUAGGCUUUUUCUGAUGCUAGAUUACUUCAUGAAUGUUCAUCAGCAGAGUUCCUAUAGGCAGCUCCCUUUAAAGACUUGUGGCGACUCCCAGGAGACCCAGUACAGAAAAAGCUGUGCAGGCCAUGACUGGGCCCAUGUGGGAUGGAAUUCCUUGUUUCUUAGUUAAGAACAUGCUCAUUUUUCCAGCGCCAUAUGACUGAACAUCCCCCAACAUGCCUUUUGGCCGCUGCAGGCGGUUAUGAGGAUUUUUCGCAGGUGCCAUGGUAACAGUGCAGUGGUUAUCACA